CCUCGUGUGCGCGCUCAGUCUUCGCUACAUUGCGGAAACGUCUCGCGCCCGGGAUAAAGGAUACAACAAUAACAAGAGCGGAGGCGGCGGCGGCGGAGGAGGCGGCGGCGGACAUCGGCGGUCGUAGUGAUGUACCCGCAGGGGAGGCACCCGGCGCCCCAUCAGGCGGGGCAGCCCUUUAAAUUCACGGUGACGGAAACGUGCGAUCGCAUCAAAGAAGAGUUCCAGUUUCUGCAGGCGCAGUACCACAGCCUCAAGCUAGAAUGCGAGAAGCUGGCGAGCGAGAAGACAGAAAUGCAACGCCACUAUGUCAUGUACUACGAGAUGUCUUACGGGCUCAAUAUAGAGAUGCACAAGCAGACUGAAAUAGUGAAGCGACUCAAUGCAAUCUGCGCCCAGGUCAUCCCGUUUCUCUCACAAGAGCACCAACAGCAGGUGAUCCAGGCUGUAGAGAGAGCUAAGCAGGUGACUAUGUCAGAGCUCAACGCUAUCAUCGGGCACCAGCAGCUGCAGGCGCAGCACCUGGCGCACGCGCACGCGCCGCCCGUGCCGCUGCCCCCGCACCCAUCUGGGCUGCAGCCGCCCGGCCUCCCGCCGGUGAGCGUGGGCAGCUCGGGCCUCCUGGCCCUGUCGGGGGCCCUGGCGCCACCUCCGCACAUCCCCAGCAAGGAGGACAAGAACCACCACCAGGACAACAACAACCACAGAGACAGAGAAGCUAGCACUAGCAAGUCUGUAUCUCCACAAAACAGCCUGCGAGGCAGCGAGAAGCAUCGCAACUCUGUUGACUACAGCAACGACAGCAAGAAGAGGAAAGUAGAAGAAAAUGAUUCUGUCCACCACUACGACAGCGAUGUGGACAAAAGUGAUGACAACUUGGAAGUAGACGUCUCAAAUGAGGACCCAUCUUCUCCAAGGGGCAGUCCAAUCCACUCACCUCGUGAAAAUGGCUUGGACAGGUCUCUAAAUGGGAAGAAGGACACGUCUAUCAGCCCAGGGUCUGUGGCCUCCUCCAGUAGUACCCCCUCAUCCAAGUCCAAGGACCUACCCCAGAAUGAUAAAGCAAGCAGCUUGGUGUCCAAGACAAGCACGCCAACCCCACGCAGUGAAUUGCCAGGCCCCGGAGCGAGCCUGACUCCAGGCUUGAGGCCUGUUCCUGGAAAGCUGUCUGCAGUCGAUCAUCUCGGUGCUGGCCUUAGAAACCCACUGGCCUCAGUUGGCGGGCCGUUUGGCAACCCCUUUGGGAUGAUUCCACACCCCGGGCUGAACGGAGAGCUGGCCAGCCCCGGGGCGUACGCCAGCCUGCACGGCAUGUCCCCGCAGAUGAGCGCCAUGGCGGCCGCGGCCGCCGCCUACGGACGCUCGCCCAUGGUGGGUGCCCGACACGCUCUGCAUUGGUCGACUGCGUGGUCACAUGACGGGCGUCGCUCGCCUAUGGUUGGGUUUGACCCUCACCCCCACAUGCGAGCACCUGGCAUUCCUCCCAGUCUAGCUGCAGUACCCAGUGGAAAACCGGCGUACUCGUUCCACGUGAGCGCGGACGGGCAGAUGCAGCCCGUGCCGUUCCCUCCGGACGCCCUGAUGGGCCCAGGGAUCCCGCGUCACGCGCGGCAGAUCAGCACGCUGCCGCACGGCGAGGUGGUGUGCGCCGUCACCAUCAGCAACCCCACGCGCCACGUCUACACGGGGGGCAAGGGCUGCGUCAAGAUCUGGGACAUCGGGCAGCCGGGAACCAAGACGCCCGUUUCCCAGCUCGACUGCCUUAAUCGUGAAAAUUACAUCCGGUCGUGCAAGCUGCUGCCGGACGGGCGCACGCUGAUCGUGGGCGGCGAGGCGAGCACCAUCUCCAUCUGGGACCUCGCGGCUCCGACCCCGCGCAUCAAGGCGGAGCUCACGUCGUCGGCGCCCGCGUGCUACGCGCUCGCCAUCAGUCCCGACUCCAAGGUGUGCUUCUCCUGCUGCAGCGACGGCAACAUCGCCGUGUGGGACCUGCACAACCAGACGCUCGUCAGGCAGUUCCAGGGACACACGGAUGGCGCGAGCUGCAUCGACAUUUCCCACGAUGGCACGAAGCUGUGGACGGGAGGCCUGGACAACACCGUGAGGUCGUGGGACCUGCGGGAGGGCAGGCAGCUGCAGCAGCACGACUUCACCUCGCAGAUCUUCUCGCUGGGCUACUGCCCGACGGGGGAGUGGCUGGCCGUGGGCAUGGAGAGCAGUAAUGUGGAGGUGCUGCACCACAGCAAGCCCGACAAGUACCAGCUGCACCUGCACGAGAGCUGCGUCCUCUCCAUCAAGUUCGCUUAUUGUGGAAAGUGGUUUGUGAGCACGGGAAAAGAUAACCUGCUCAAUGCCUGGAGAACACCUUACGGGGCCAGCAUAUUCCAGUCCAAGGAAUCUUCAUCAGUCCUGAGCUGCGACAUCUCUGUGGAUGACAAGUACAUAGUUACUGGGUCCGGGGACAAGAAAGCUACUCUGUAUGAAGUAAUUUACUAAAUGUGAUUUAAGCAACUCGAAGUUUUAAGAAACAUGUAUAGGUAUGUGAUCUUUUUUUUCCUAGCUGAACAAAAUAUAUAUAUAAAAAAUACUGCUUUGUGAACAUUAAUUGAUAGCAGUUAUUCAACCAGCGCAGUGGCAUUUAGUUUUCAGAUUUUUAAAAUCAAACCUUCUUUGUAAAUAAUGGUCUGAAUUAUGUUGCGUAUACGCAGGCCUAAAAUGUUUAACUAUAUUUGUGAGCGUCUCCCAUUUGGGUGUGUACAGUUUGAAAUAUCUAAUUGUGGGUUAAACUUUGAUAUUCUGCUGUUUAGGUCUUGCCUGAAUCUUUAUUAUUGUUGCACUAAACUUGAACGUGUCCCCCUGUGCGCGCUUGUUUAGUCAUUUUGGUAUCUCAAAAGCUGAUGUCUGGAUUGUACAUUUCCAUACUGUUGGCAGCAAACUGCAUUGUUGUUGAAGUUUCUUUUGUUACCAUAUUUUAAAAGACUGCCUGUUACUGUAAAAAAUGUAUAUAUUAAAUAUUUCAUUACAACAA